GCCAAAACACACAGAGUCCGCAAAAUGGCGGGCAGGGUGGCCAGCAAAGCGGGCGCUACCAAACCUGCCAGCGCGAGGACCACGGUUCUUGGUUCAUGUACAAGUGUACGGAUUACAACCGACAGACAUGGCUCUGCUCCAGUGAUUUCAAGAGCUGCAACCGCGUCUGA